CUGGUAUAACAGCUAGGAAACUAUCACAAAGACGGUGGUAUAGCAAGGAAAUCCUCUACGAUCUCACGUCUGUGCAACAACCCUUUGCACCCCCAGAAAACAGCGACUCAAAUCGACUUCUCAAACACAUCAAAAUGUCUCUAGACAAUGGAGAGCUCCGGGCUCAGUCAUAUGUUGGUUUCGAGACUAUCACUCGACAGAUCGAGCACAAGCUGCUCAAACGAGGUUUCCAGUUCAAUGUGAUGGUUGUCGGCCAAACUGGACUGGGGAAGUCAACCAUGGUCAACACCCUCUUCGCAUCCCACUUGAUCGAGUCGAAAGGACGGCUCGAGGUGGACGGACCUAUGCGUCAGACGACCGAGAUCAAGGAGGAGCAGCACGUCAUCGUCGAGGGAGGAGUCAGGCUCAAGCUGAACAUCGUGGACACCCCCGGAUAUGGCGAUCAGGUCAACAACGAAGGUUGUUGGGAGCCUAUCGUUCGAUACAUCAAAGACCAGUAUUCAACUUACCUCCGAAAAGAGCUCACAGCUCAACGUGAUCGGUUCAUCCCGGAUACCAGGAUUCACUGUUGUUUGUUCUUCAUCAACCCUACUGGACAUUCCUUGAAGCCCAUCGAUAUCACGGUCUUGAGGAAGUUGGCCGAGGUGACCAACGUCGUCCCGAUCAUCGCCAAGUCGGACUCGUUGACCUUGCAGGAACGAGAGGCUUUCAAAGAGCGAAUUCGCGCGGAAUUGCAUUAUCACCAGAUUCGACUUUACCCCAUCGAUACCGAGGAACACGAUCAGGACGAGAUUGCGCUGAAUGAGAGGAUCAGGUCGAUGAUCCCCUUUGCCGUCGUCGGGUCGGAACGCUCGGUCGUGGUGGAUGGCAAAUCCGUCAGGGGCAGAAAGACUAGGUGGGGUGUCGUUAACGUCGAGGACGAGAGGCAUUGCGAGUUUGUCUAUUUGAGAAACUUUUUGACCAGGACGCAUUUGCAAGACUUGAUCGAGUCUACCGCUUUGAACCAUUACGAGGCUUUCCGUUCGAAGCAGCUCACGGCCUUAAAGGAAUCGUCCGCCAAGCAACAACAAGCCUCUUCGAUGGCCCGAGAGGGUUGAUCGAGAAGUCCCAUGGACUGAUCGCCUGGCAACGACAUGACCUCUUGACGCUUUUGUUCCUUCCCCUUCCACCUUUUGACCUUGACGAAUUCCACUUCCGAUCUGCGUUCUCUCUUGACGAAAUUUCCCCUGCCACUCUCGCUUUCAAUCUGGGCUUUCUUGCGUUGAUCUCUGGCUUACGAUCCGAACUUGUACAUACAUCUUCUUGCGGAGUUUCUGGCGGCAGUCAUACUGUCCUCGAUGAUUCUCUGCUGGUUAUUGCAUGUCGAUAUACCUCUA